CCUCAAAUAUUAUCUUGUAUGUAUCAUGGCAGCAUCUAUUUCUUCUGCAACUACAAUCGGAGUUCCAUGCCUAAAGCCUCUUCUUCAAAAUUCAAGCUUGGUCCAAUUGAACAACACCAGAACAGGCAAAAAAAGUCCAAGUAUAAUCAGUAUAAAGUGUGAAUAUUCAAAAGAGCUUGAGAUAGGGUCUCCUGUGAUUGUGAUUGAGGCUCCCAAAAUGAUAAAAACAGCAGCUUCAGUUCCAUGCCUCAGAGCGAACUCCGGCUUAGUCAAGCCUGGUGAUGUUGGAAGAAUUGUGUCAAGAAAACCCAAAGAUGUUUGGGCGGUUCGUCUUACAAUAGGAACUUACUUAUUGGAUGGCAAAUAUUUUAAGCCCUUAGAUCUCGAUGAAUAGUGAAGUACUGGAGCUGAAGAUCAACGCCUUGACACUGCCAUCUUAUUUUUAUUUUUUAUUUUUCCACUAUAUUAGAUAACCAAGGGCAUGGAAUUAUCUGGAUUUGGCAGAACAAAUUUUACUAGAAAUUAUUCCUGUAUAAAGCACAUUCAUUACAAUUUAUUUAUGUAUUUUUUCUUCCAAUCAUAUAUAUAUAUAUAAUAUUCAAUAUUCUUCUUAA